CUGCGCUUCGGGCCGCAGACCGGAUCGCUGGCUCGCUAGCGUCGGCCGGUUCCCGCAGGGAGGGUUCCCGCAGCCGGCUGGCGGAGCGGGCGGCGCCGCGUCUGGCCGAGCGCGGGCCGGAGCAGGGCGGAGCGGCCGACGACGGGCGGCGCCAGGCCCGACCACCGGGAGGAAACAUGCCUUCUGAGUCCUUCUGUUUGGCUGCCCAGUCUCGACUUAAUUCCAAAUGGCUGAAGACAGAUAUCCAGCUCGCAUUCACAAGAGAUGGACUCUGUGGUCUGUGGAAUGAAAUGGUUAAAGAUGGAGAAAUUGUGUACACUGGGACAGAGUUAACCCAGAAUCGAGAGCUCCCUUCUAGGAAGGAUGAUGAUGCUGAUACUCAGAGUGGAACCAAGAUAGAAGAUCUUACUGACAAAGAGAAGAAGGAGGAGGAAGAGAUGCCUGCACCCGUGUAUAAAGCCAAAUCAAUCCUGGAGAGUUGGGUGUGGGGCAAGCAACCAGACGUGAAUGAGUUGAAGGAGUGUCUUUCUGUGCUGGUUAAAGAGCAGCAAGCCCUGGCUGUCCAAUCAGCUACCACCACACUCUCGGCCUUGAGGUUGAAGCAGAGGCUGGUGAUCUUAGAGCGCUAUUUCAUUGCCUUGAAUAGAACUGUUUUCCAGGAGAAUGUCAAAGUUAAGUGGAAAAGCAGCAGCAUUUCUGUGCCUCCCACAGAGAAGAAAAGUUCCCGCCCCACAGGCAGAGGGGUAGAAGGACUCGCCAGAGUUGGGUCCCGAGCAGCACUCUCCUUUGCCUUUGCUUUCUUACGGAGGGCCUGGCGUUCAGGUGAGGAUGCUGAUCUCUGCAGUGAGCUCUUGCAAGAGUCCCUGGAUGCCCUUCAAGCUCUUCCUGAGGCCUCUCUCUUUGGUGAGAGCACAGUAUCUUCAUCUGUGUGGUUGGAGGUGGUAGAGAGAGCCACGAGGUUCCUCAGAUCUGUUGUGACUGGGGAUGUUCAUGGAACACCAGGGACUAAGGGACCAGGAGGAGUUCCUUUACAGGACCAGCACUUGGCUUUGGCCAUCCUGCUGGAGUUGGCUGUCCAGAGAGGUACCCUUAGCCAGAUGUUGUCUGCCAUCCUGUUGUUGCUUCAGCUGUAGGACAGUGGGGCACAGGAAACUGACAAUGAGCGGUCUGCCCAAGGCACCAGUGCCCCUCUUCUGCCACUGCUGCAGAGGUUUCAGAGCAUCAUCUGCAGUAAGGACAUGCCACAUGCAGAAGGGGAUAUGCACCUUUUGUCUGGCCCUCUGAGCCCCAAUGAGAGCUUCCAGUACCUUCCUCUUCCACAAGACAAUGAACUUGCCAUUGAUUUACGGCAAACUGCAGUUGUUGUCAUGGCCCGUUUAGACCGGCUGGCUACACCCUGUAUGCCUCCUCUGUGCAGCUCUCCCACCUCUCAUAAGGGAUCAUUGCAAGAGGUCAUAGGUUGGGGGUUAAUAGGAUGGAAAUACUAUGCCAAUGUGAUUGGUCCAAUCCAGUGUGAAGGCCUUGCCAGUCUGGGGGUAAUGCAGGUGGCCUGUGCGGAAAAGCGUUUCUUGAUCCUGUCCCGAAAUGGCCGUGUGUACACACAGGCUUACAACAAUGACAUGCUGGCUCCACAACUGGUCCAGGGGCUUGCCUCCAGAAACAUUGUGAAAAUUGCUACCCAUUCUGAUGGUCACCACUAUCUGGCUUUGGCUGCCACAGGGGAGGUGUACUCGUGGGGCUGUGGGGAUGGCGGAAGGCUGGGCCAUGGAGACACUGUGCCCCUGGAGGAGCCCAAGGUGAUCUCGGCUUUCUCAGGAAAGCAGGCUGGGAAGCAUGUGGUGCACAUAGCGUGUGGGAGUACUUACAGCGCAGCCAUCACUGCUGAGGGGGAGCUGUACACCUGGGGCCGUGGGAACUAUGGCCGCCUGGGCCAUGGCUCCAGUGAAGAUGAGGCCAUUCCAAUGCUAGUGGCUGGACUUAAAAGACUAAAGGUCAUCGAUGUUGUGUGUAGGAGUUGGGAUGCUCAAACCCUGGCCGUGACCGAGAAUGGUCUGGGCAGUGUGCUCCUGAACAGCCUGAAGCAGACUGUGGUGACCCUGACCAGCAGUGCCAGGGUUCUGAGCACCGUGCAGUCCGCUGCCCAGGCUGUGCUGCAGAGUGGCUGGUCUGUGCUGCUGCCCACAGCUGAGGAGAGGGCCAGGGCACUCUCAGCGCUGUUACCCUGCACAGUUUCAGGCAAUGAAGUGAGCAGAAGUCCAGGCCGUCGAUUCAUGAUCGAUCUUUUAGUUGGCAGCUUGAUGGCAGACGGAGGGUUAGAGUCUGCUUUAAAUGCAGCCAUUACUGCAGAAAUCCAGGAUAUAGAAGCCAAAAAAGAAGCACAGAAGGAAAAAGAAAUUGAUGAACAAGAAGCCAAUGCCUCAACGUUCCAUAGAAAUAGGACUCCUCUGGAUAAAGACCUAAUUAAUACUGGGAUCUAUGAAUCGUCUGGCAAGCAGUGUUUGCCUCUAGUUCAACUCAUCCAACAGCUUCUUAGAAACAUUGCGUCUCAGACUGUAGCCAGACUGAAGGACGUUGCUCGCCGCAUAUCGUCGUGCCUGGACUCCGAGCAGCAUAGCUGUGAGCGGUCUGCCUCCCUGGACCUGUUACUGCGCCUCCAGCGCUUGCUCGUCAGUAAGCUCUACCCAGGAGAGAACACUGCUCAGAGCGCAGAUGCUUCCAAGUCGUUUUUCACUGGUCAAAGCUGUAGAAAUAAUGAAGAAGUCACCCUGAUACGCAAAGCUGACUUGGAGAACCACAAUAAGGAUGGCGGCUUCUGGACUGUAAUUGACGGAAAAGUGUAUGAUAUAAAGGACUUCCAAACACAGUCAUUAACAGGAAAUAGUAUACUUGCUCAGUUUGCAGGGGAAAAUCCAGUGGUGGCUUUGGAAGCGGCUUUGCAGUUUGAAGACACACAGGAAUCUAUGCAUGCGUUCUUUGUUGGCCAGUAUUUGGAGCCUGACCAAGAAGUUGUUACCAUACCAGAUCUGGGAAGUCUGUCUUCACCUCUGAUUGACACAGAGAGAAACCUGGGCCUGCUUCUUGGAUUACAUGCUUCCUAUUUAGCAAUGAGCACACCGCUGUCUCCUGUGGAGGUUGAAUGUGCCAAGUGGCUACAGUCAUCGAUUUUCUCUGGGGGUCUACAGACCAGCCAGAUUCACUAUAACUACAAUGAAGAGAAAGACGAGGAUCACUGUAGCUCUCCUGGGGGCACACCCAUCAGCAAGUCCCGACUGUGUUCUCACAGAUGGGCCCUGGGGGAUCAUUCUCAGGCCUUCCUGCAAGCCAUCGCUGACAACAACAUCCAGGACCACAAUGUGAAGCAGGAGUUUCUGUGUCAAAUCGAAAGGUACUGUAGACAGUGCCACUUGACCACGCCAAUCACAUUUCCUCCUGAGCAUCCUGUGGAGGAGGUUGGCCGUCUACUAUUAUGCUGCCUCCUGAAACAUGAAGAUUUAGGUCACGUGGCAUUAUCUUUAGUUCAUGUAGGAGCACUUGGCAUUGAAGUGAAGCACAGAACACUGCCUAAAUCUGUGGUGGAUGUUUGUCGAGUUGUCUACCAGGCAAAAUGCUCACUCAUUAAGACUCAUCAAGAACAGGGCCGUUCCUACAAGGAGGUGUGUGCUCCUGUCAUCGAACGUUUGAGAUUUCUCUUCAAUGAAUUGAGGCCUGCUGUUUGUAGUGACCUCUCUAUAAUGCCUAAGUUUAAGCUGUUAGGCUCGUUACCCUGUUGGAGGAGGAUAGCUCAGAAGAUCAUUAGAGAAAGAAGGAAAAAGAGAGUUCCUAAGAAGCCAGAAUCUACUGAUGGUGAAGAAAAGAUUGGGAACGAAGAGAGUGAUUUAGAAGAAGCUUGUGUUUUGCCUCAUAGUCCUAUAAAUGUAGACAAAAGACCCAUUUCCAUGAAGUCUCCCAAGGACAAAUGGCAGCCGCUGUUGAAUACAGUUACGGGAGUUCAUAAAUACAAGUGGUUAAAGCAGAAUGUGCAGGGCCUUUACCCACAGUCUGCACUGCUCAGAACCAUCGUUGAAUUUGCUCUUAAGGAAGAGCCAGUAGAUGUGGAGAAAAUGCGAAAGUGCCUCCUGAAACAGUUGGAUAGAGCAGAGGUUCGUCUGGAAGGGAUAGAUACAAUUUUGAAACUGGCAGCCAAGAGUUUCUUACUUCCUUCUGUGCAAUAUGCUAUGUUUUGUGGAUGGCAAAGACUUAUUCCUGAAGGAAUUGCUAUAGGGGAACCACUUACAGACUGCUUGAAGGAUGUAGAUUUAAUUCCACUGUUCAAUCGGAUGCUGCUGGAAGUGACUUUCGGCAAGCUGUAUGCUUGGGCAGUUCACAAUAUUCGAUGUGUUCUGAUGGAUGCGAGUGCCAAAUUUAAAGAACUGGGUAUCCAGCCUGUCCCCCUGCAAACCAUCACCCAUGAGAACCUGGCAGGACCAAGUCUGGGGACCAUCCCACAAGCUCGAUUUCCUCUGGUGAUGCUCAGCAUGCUCACCCUGCAGCAUGGUGCAAACAACCUUGAUCUCUUGCUCAACUCAGGCACACUGGCCCUCACACAGAUGCCACUGAGGCUGAUCGGUCCUACUUGUGACAGUGUUGAGGAGGACAUGAGUGCUUCUGCCCGGGGAGCCUCUGCUUCAGUGUUGGAGGAAACAAGGAAGGAAACCGCUCCUGUUCAGCUCCCUGUUUCAGGGCCAGAACUGGCUGCUAUGAUGAAGAUUGGAACCAGGGUCAUGAGAGGCGUGGACUGGAAGUGGGGUGACCAGGAUGGGCCUCCGCCAGGCUUAGGCCGUGUAAUUGGUGAGCUGGGAGAGGAUGGCUGGAUCAGGGUCCAGUGAGACACGGGCAGCACUAACUCAUACAGGAUGGGUAAAGAAGGAAAGUAUGACCUCAAGCUGGUGGAGUUGCCAGUGUCAUCACAGCCCUCUGCAGAGGAUUCAGACACAGAAGAUGACUCAGAAGCUGAACCAGGAGACAGGAGCAUCCAUCCCACAGCGAUGAUGCUGACCAGCAUUAUUAACUUACUACAGACUCUGUGUCUGUCCGUUGGUGUCCACGCUGAUGUCAUGCAGAGCGAGGCCACCAAGACUUUGUGUGGACUGCUGAGAAUGUUAGUGGAAAGUGGAACAACAGAUAAGCUAUCUCCUCCAGACAGACUGGUGUGCAGGGAGCAGCACCGGAGCUGGUGUACACUGGGCUUCGUCCGGAGCAUCGCACUCAGCCCGCAGGCCUGUGGGGCCCUCAGCUCCCCAAGGUGGAUCACACUGCUCAUGAAGAUUGUGGAGGGGCAUGCGCCCUUCACUGCCGCCUCCCUGCAGAGGCAGAUCUUAGCUGUCCAUUUACUACAAGCAGUUCUUCCGUCAUGGGACAAGACGGAAAGGGCACGGGACAUGAAGUGUCUGGUGGAAAAGCUGUUUGGCUUCCUGGGCAGCUUGCUCACUACUUGUUCUUCUGAUGUCCCAUUCCUUAGAGAAUCCACAUUGAGGAAGCGGAGGGUGCGAGGGUGCGUGCGGCCGCAAGCUUCCUUGACUGCCACUCACAGCAGCACUCUGGCUGAGGAGGUGGUGGGGCUGCUCCGCACUCUGCACUCGCUCACCCAGUGGAACGGCCUCAUCAACAAAUACAUUAACUCCCAGCUCUGCUCCGUCACACACAGCUGCUCUGGGAAGACUCCAGAAAGGGCCCUGCUGGAGGACUACUUCCCGGACUCUGAGAACCUGGAAGUGGGGGGCCUCAGGGCAGUGCUGGCUGUGAUUGGAGGGAUCGAUGGCCGGCUGCGCCUGGGAAGCCAGGUCAUGCAUGAUGAGUUUGGAGAGGGCACAGUGACUCGCAUCACCCCAAAGGGCAGAAUCACUGUGCAGUUCUGUGACAUGCGCAUGUGCCGAGUUUGCCCGUUGAAUCAGCUCAAACCGCUCCCUGCUGUGGCCUUUAGCGUAAACAACCUGCCUUUCACGGAGCCCAUGCUUUCUGUCUGGGCUGAGUUGGUGAACCUUGCUGGAAGCAAAUUGGAAAAGCACAAAACAAAGAAAUCAGCAAAACAGGCCUUUGCAGGACAAGUAGACUUGGACCUGCUACGCAGCCAGCAGCUGAAGCUGUACAUCCUGAAAGCAGGGUGGGCGCUGCUUUCCCACCAAGACAAACUAAGGCAGAUACUGUCUCAGCCCGGGACUCUACAUGCAGAUGAUGGAGCAGCUGCAUCCCCUGACCUCGGGGACAUGUCACCUGAAGGGCCACACCCUCUGAUGAUCCUCCUGCAGCAGUUAUUGUCCUCAGCCACCCAGCCAUCUCCUGUGAAAGCCAUAUUUGAUAAACAGGAACUUGAGGCUGCUGCCUUGGCCCUCUGUCCGUGCUUGGCUGUGGAAUCCACAUACCCUUCCAGUGCAGGCUGUGAAGACUGCAGCUCCAGUGAGGCCACCACCCCAGUCUCUGCACAACACAUCCAUCUUGCCAGGGCGAAAAAGCGCAGGCAGUCGCCAGCGCCUGCUCUGCCUAGUGUGCAGCUCAUGGAAAUGGGAUUUCCUAGGAAGAAUAUAGAGUUUGCUCUGAAGUCGCUCUCCGGCACAUCUGGGAAUGCAUCUGGUUUGCCUGGUGUGGAAGCCUUGGUUGGGUGGCUACUAGACCACUCUGAUGUCCAGGUUACAGAGUUCUCGGAUGCGGACACAGUAUCUGACGAGUAUUCAGACGAGGAGGUGGUGGAAGAUGUGGACGAUACCCCAUACCCUGUGGCUGCUGGUGCUGUUGUGACUGAGAGCCAGACUUACAAGAAGCGUGCUGACUUCCUGAGUAACGAUGACUACGCUGUGUAUGUGAGAGAGAACGUUCAGGUCGGAAUGAUGGUUCGAUGCUGUCGAGCAUAUGAAGAAGUGUGUGAAGGUGAUGUGGGCAAAGUCAUCAAGCUGGACAGAGAUGGAUUGCAUGACCUCAAUGUGCAGUGUGAUUGGCAGCAGAAAGGGGGUACUUACUGGGUUAGCUAUAUUCACGUUGAACUCAUAGGUUAUCCCCCACCGAGUUCUUCUCACAUCAAGAUUGGUGAUAAAGUACGGGUCAAAGCUUCCGUAACCACACCAAAAUACAAGUGGGGAUCCAUUACUCAUCAAAGUGUGGGGCUCGUGAAAGGGCAGUCUGCAGUCUUCUGUGGCCGUUCCGGAAAGCAGCUGAAGCGCUGUCACAGCAGUCAGCCUGGAAUGCUGCUAGACAGCUGGUCGCGGAUGGUGAAGAGUCUGAAUGUGUCGUCCUCUGUGAACCAGGCCUCUCGUCUCAUUGAUGGCAGUGAGCCCUGUUGGCAAUCAUCUGGAUCCCAAGGGAAGCAUUGGAUUCGUUUGGAGAUUUUCCCAGAUGUUCUUGUUCAUAGAUUAAAAAUGAUAGUAGAUCCUGCAGACAGCAGCUACAUGCCAUCCCUGGUCGUGGUGUCAGGUGGAAGUUCCUUUAACCUAAUUGAACUAAAGACUAUUAAUAUCAACCAAACUGACACCACCAUGCCCCUGCUGAAUGACUGUGCCGAGUAUCACAGGUACAUUGAGAUCACAAUAAAGCAGUGCAGGAGCUCAGGGAUCGAUUGCAAAAUUCACGGUCUCAUCCUGCUGGGACGCAUCCGGGCUGAGGAGGAGGAUUUGGCAGCGGUUCCUUUUCUGGCUUCAGAUAACGAGGAGGAGGAGGAUGACAAAGGCAGCACUGGGAGUCUCAUUAGAAAGAAGACUGCCGGGUUGGAGUCAGCUGCUACAAUAAGAACCAAAGUGUUUGUGUGGGGCCUGAAUGACAAGGACCAGCUGGGUGGGCUCAAAGGCUCUAAGAUCAAGGUUCCUUCAUUCUCUGAGACUCUGUCUGCUCUGAAUGUGGUUCAGGUGGCUGGUGGAUCUAAGAGUUUGUUUGCAUUGACUGUGGAAGGGAAGGUGUACUCCUGUGGAGAAGCCACAAACGGCCGGCUGGGGCUGGCUAUGUCCAGCGGGACGGUCCCUAUUCCUCGGCAGAUCACAGCCCUCAGCAGCUACGUGGUCAAAAAGGUAGCGGUCCACUCAGGUGGCCGGCACGCUAGCCUUACAGUGGAUGGGAAAGUGUUCUCGUGGGGCGAAGGUGAUGAUGGGAAACUUGGAUACUUCAGUAGAAUGAACUGUGACAAGCCAAGGCGGAUCAAGGCCCUGAAAACCAAGCGCAUCAGGGACAUAGCCUGGGGCAGUUCUCACAGUGCAGCCCUGACGUCCAUCGGGGAGCUGUACACCUGGGGCCUGGGCGAGUAUGGCCGCUUGGGACACGGUGAUAAUACCACACAGCUGAAGCCCCAAAUGGUGAAAGUCUUUCUUGGUCACAGAGUAAUCCAGGUUGCGUGUGGAAGCCGAGAUGCACAGACACUUGCUCUUACUGAUGAAGGUUUGGUGUUUUCAUGGGGUGAUGGUGAUUUUGGAAAAUUGGGCCGAGGGGGAAGUGAAGGCUGUAACAUACUCCAGAACAUCGAGAGACUAAAUGGCCAGGGUGUGUGCCAGAUUGAGUGCGGAGCUCAGUUUUCCUUGGCACUCACCAAGUUAGGAGUGGUGUGGACAUGGGGGAAAGGGGACUACUCCAGACUGGGCCACGGCUCAGAUGUGCACGUGCGGAAGCCGCAAGUGGUGGAGGGACUGAGAGGGAAGAAGAUCGUGCAUGUGGCGGUCGGAGCCCUGCACUGCCUGGCGGUCACAGACUCGGGACAGGUGUGUGCUUGGGGGGACAAUGACCAUGGCCAACAGGGCAAUGGCACAACCACAGUUAACAGAAAGCCCACCCUGGUGCAGGGCCUGGAGGGCCAGAAGAUCACUCGAGUGGCUUGUGGGUCCUCACAUAGUGUAGCCUGGACGACAGUGGACGUAGCCACGCCCUCUGUCCACGAACCUGUCCUCUUCCAGAUGGCAAGAGACCCGCUGGGUGCUUCCUACUUAGGUGUGCCUUCAGAUGCUGAUUCUUCUUCUGCCAGCAAUAAGAUAAAUGGUGCAAAUAACUGUAAGCCCAAUCGCCCUUCUCUUGCCAAGAUCCUCCUGUCGCUGGAAGGAAACCUGGCUAAGCAGCAGGCCUUAUCACACAUUCUUACCGCACUGCAGAUCAUGUAUGCCAGAGAUGCGGUGGUUGGAGCCCUGUUGCCAGCCGGCAUGCUCGCCCCAGUGGAAUGCCCCUCCUUCUCCUCCUCAGCACCUGCUUCUGAUGCAUCGGCAAUGGCCAGCCCCAUGAACAUAGAGGAAGGCAUGCUGGCUGCUGAUCUUGAGGACAGACUGAGUCCAAAUCUAUGGCAAGAAAAGAGAGGGAUUGUCUCCUCUGAGGAUGCUGUGACCCCCUCUGCGGUGACACCAUCUGCUCCCUCGGCCUCAUCUCGGCCAUUUAUCCCAGUGACAGAUGACCCAGGAGCUGCCAGCAUCAUUGCAGAAACCAUGACCAAAACCAAAGAGGAUGUUGAAAGCCAAAGUAAAACAUCAGGUCCAGAGCCCCAGUCUUUGGAUGAGUUCACCAGUCUGCUGAUCGCUGAUGACACCCGGGUGGUCGUGGACCUGCUCAAGCUGUCAGUCUGCAGCAGGGCUGGAGACAGCGGCAGGGACGUGCUCUCGGCUGUGCUGUCGGGCAUGGACACCGCCUACCCACAGAUGGCAGACAUGUUGUUGGAGCUCUGUGUAACUGAGUUAGAAGAUGUGGCUACAGAUUCACAGAGUGGCCGUCUUUCCUCCCAGCCUGUAGUGGUAGAGAGUAGCCAUCCCUAUACAGAUGACACUUCCACCAAUGGCACGGUGAAGAUACCAGUUUGCUAUCUAGGGAAACUGUCUAUGAGAAAGGCAGGAUACAGUGUGGAGCUGCACGUGGAUGAUGUGAGCGACAUCAGCACGAAGGGCGGGGACGUCAACUUUGUGUUCACUGGCUUCUCUGUGAAUGGAAAGGUCCUCAGCAAAGGGCAGCCCCGGGGGCCUGCAGGAGUUCAGGUGUCCCUGAGAAGCACAGGCACUGAUGCAAAGAUCCAGUUCACAGGCACACAGCCUGGCGGAAACCCGUGUUCCAUGUCAUGGGCUUCUCUGUCACUGGGCGGGUCUUGAACGGACCUGAAGGAGAAGGUAUUCCAGAGGCUGUGGUCACCCUGAACAACCAGAUUAAAGUCAGAACAAAAGCUGACGGCUCCUUCCGCCUAGAGAACAUAACGACAGGGACGUACACCAUCCAUGCUCAGAAGGAGCAUCUCUACUUUGAGAUGGUCACCAUCAAAAUUGUACCCAACACUCCGCAGCUGGCAGACCUCAUUGCUACUGGUUUAUUUAUAUGAUGGAUUACAUUGAUAGAUUUGCGUAUGUUAAACCAGCCCUGCAUCUCUGGUAUGAAGCCUACUUGAUCAUAAUGGAUAAUUUUUCUAAUGUGUCUAAAGGACCCGCUUCUGCAGUGUCUCUGACUCCAGUCCUGUGGCGGUCCAGACAGAGUCCAACCUCACAGACUGCCACAGUUCCUGCAGCUUGAAAAAAGAUGGGUGGACACACACAAUGAUCAGAGAUGAACUCAGCAAGUCAGCUUGGCUUGUGUGAUGAGAAUGGUAAAUGUCUGACCCGCCACCAUGAGACAAGCGUCACUGCCACCCGUGCAGAGUGGACCUGAGGAUGUAGUCCAGGAAUGCGCGUGCAGAAGAUUUCUACCUCCUUCCCACCACCGCCUCCCUUUUCCCUCCCUUUUCCCUCCCCAUCCCCCAAUCAAGUCCCCCUCCCUUGUCAUCCCAAAGAACAAUCAGGGUUCACUGCCCUGUGCGAAGACCAAGGACCACCCACC